AAUAACUGUCAAGAACUUUAAAUCCGCUAAAAUGCGUGAUUUUUUUGAUGUGCAGAAAGAUGCAGUGAAAAAUGAUGCGUGAAAACUCAUAAGCCUGUAUUCCAGUGGAUAUUUGUGAGAGUACGAAAGCAAGAGAAAUUUUCAUGUGUAGCAACCAACUACGUCAUGCGGUGCUGAAAAGAAAACGUUCUGUUCGAGUUGUGUUGUAUGAUAUUAAGUAUUAAUAAGAAGUACAUUAUUUGCUUACGAAUCUUUGCACAAUCGCUGAGUGCAGAAAUUUGCGCACAGCUGCGAAAAGUUGUCACAGUAUAUGAUUGCUUCGCAGUGAAAUGGAGUGUGAGUAAAAUCAUCGUGAGAGUGGAAUAUAAUGUGUUGAAGACUAGAAUGAACCGGCUUUAAAAAAUGUGAUUUGUGAAAUGUAGUAAAACUUAUUUUACGUUGAUUACAAUUUAAAACUUAUGCAUCAGUGAUGUUUAAAUGGAAUAACUUUCUCCAUGAAGGUUGAAGUUUUAAUCUUUGCCAAGCAUCUUAACACCUCUGAUGGUUUCAGUGUCACUUAAAAAUGAAAAAAACCAGAUAUAGCCUAUUAUCGAGUAAGUGAUGUCACUUUUAUUAGAAUCUGUAGAAGCGUAACAUGAACAAAUCCGAUGGCGAUAAAUCACUGAACAACGAAGGAAAGGGAAGUGUGGUUAGAAAAAAUACAUCUGAGCGUAAACAUGUUCCUGACUCACGUUCAUCAUCUGCCGGUGGUAGUGGGAUACAAUCAUUUUUCAGAUGGUUUCGCAAAGACGAUGUGCGAUUUCAUAAGAAUACCGUUCUACAGAAACAGGAUGGUCAAGUUCGAGUUUCUGAAUGUAACAUAUCUGCUGAUGCUGUGAUCAAGCCGCAAGAAGAAACUUCAUUCGAUACUGUUAGUCAAAGUCACAGCAAUGAAACACACAGUUCUUCGCCUAGUCCUAGUCCUAUAAUCGAGAAUCCUAAUUUAUCAAAAAGUUCAAGCUGUGAUAGUAUCCUCAGCACAGCUACUAACGGGUUUGCGUUUGUGCCUCCAAAAUGCUAUGAAGCAAUCGGUGGCCUAUCGCAUCCCGAACGUGUAAUUAAUCCAGGUCCUUACACUGACAGUUAUAAACGUCGAGUAGCUCAACGCGAUCGUACACGUGAAUUAGAUGCGAAAUAUGACCUAACAUUACGUAAAAAGUAUAACUUGUUCUCCAACUUUCGCAGCGAUGCUUUAAUAAACGAAAAAGAUAGUACACUUACCAGGGAUAACCAAAAGCUAUUAUACACUGAUCUCAGCUUACCGACGACGUCAAAACCUGCUCCAGGUGAAUUUGGAACUAUCGGUAACAGCGACAUAGCUGAUAGCGCAAUUAAGAAACAUAGAAGAACGGUUAGUGACAGCUCGAAAGAUAAAAAAGCAGGAGCUUAUAUCCACGUUAAAGGAAAGAGAAAAGCUCCUCAACCGCCCACAUUUAAUCAGGGAAACAAGGAAACAAUACUUAACGAUCACACAGCCGGCGGAACACUACCUAAUUCGAAGUAUGGCACUCUUUCUCCUGGCUCUACGCUAACGCGAAAGAAACGACCUGCUCCAUUGCCUCCACUGUCGCCGACUGCUCUGACAUUGAGUGAAGCAACUUCGAAUACAAGUUUUCUUGAGGAUAAAGAAAUUAAAGCCAUAUUAGAAGGAAAACCUGUUCCUAAAGCUUCAGACAUGAUAAUGCCGGUUAAGUCAAAUCCACUUCCAGAAAUAUCGGAAGAAAGAACACCCGGAGGACUGACAGAAGAACAGAAGCAACAGCUAAUUGAUAAUAUUCGGAAAGUACAAGCUCCAGCAGAAGUUGAGCGCUGUGAAGAAGUCAGGACAAAUUCUCCAUUUAUGCUUACUAAUAAUGACGUUAUGAAAUUGGAAGAAAUGUUUAUUAACACCAACGGAACGAGAUCACCGAUUCAUGAUUAUUUAUAUACGGAAGCUAUUGGAAAUGCUGGCAAAACUGCGAAUCCUACUUCCCCUAUAUCGCCAAGACCCUGGUACAAGCGACAGAUUUCAGGCGUGAAGCAUCAGGAAACAUCGUUGCCUUUUAGAAAGGAUAUUAUUUUGAAAACCAUCGAUAAACGAAAAUGCAAAAAUAAGGAUAAGCCGGAUCUACCGGAAGUGGGAUUUUGUCGUAAUUCGUUGAUAGAGAACACUAAUGCUUCUACUGGCAAUGCAACCAAGUUCAAUUUGUUUUCGAAAAUUGCUGAGAAACCUGAAGGCAUAAAAAGUCGAGAUAAAGAUGGUGAAAAACGCAAAUCCGGAAUAAGUAUACCCAGCAUAAGUGAAUUAGAUCGCGAAGCAGCAGAAAUAAUAAGUAAGGAAAAUGCAUUGAAGCAUAUAGAGCGAGCAAAUGAGAAUGAAAUGUACUUUUCCGCUCCAGAGCAGUUAGUAAAGCGAAAUUUAUUGAUAGCCAAACAUCCUGAACAUGAUAUGGAUUACUUUGCUGGUGAACCAAAAUCAACGAAAGAAUUAAUAUCGAAAUUUGAAGCGUCCUGUUCCAAUAAAAACAAGGUAUCUUUAAACACUUCGUUUGUUCCUAAAAAGGAUUACUUUGGAGUUGAUCAAAAUAGUGCUUCUACGCCACCAUCGUCUGACAGACAUCUAUCUCAGGAUGAAAAAAAUCCUGCGACAAGCGAUAAGAAUCUUCUCGGCUUGUGGUCGUGUCCGUAUUGUACGUUGGAAAAUCCAAAUUGGAGAAUAAUUUGUGAGGCAUGUGAAAGAAUUAAACCGUAUGAUAAGCUGAGUAUUUUAGAAGAACCACCAUUGAGGCCGAAUUUUCCACUUAAAAAAACUGUUCCCGAAACGAAAAUUGCUCAACAAUUUUCUACAGAAGAAUGGGACAAAAAGACUGAAAAAGUGUUGAAAUAUUUUAUGCCUAAACCAAAUCCAGCGGUAUGCAAUGGUUAUCCCAAUCUUUUGGAACAACCCAAAAAAUCAUUUGGGCAUGCAAAGAUGCUUGCCUCACCGAAAAUGGGAGUAAAAAGUCUAAUGAAUCGAGUACCGCCAGAACAGUUAAUUGGAUUCUCACAUCAUAUCGAUACUACUAUAGGCAACCCUUCAAAUAAAUUUGAUGACCAAAAAAUAAAUGAAAAUAAUAAUCUCAUAUCCAUUGCAAUGGAGCCAAAAUUUCCAUCUGCUAAAUCAGAUCCUAAUCCAAAAGCAACACAUUCUCUAGAAUCAAAUUCGAAGUCUGUCAAUAUAGACGAAGUUAGAAGUGCAAGAAUAGCUAAAUUUAGCUCACAUCAAGAUGGUCUGAAAAAUGAAAACAUUGUUCCAUUAUCUGAUGCAUUUAAUCGAAAACCAAUAGAAGAUAUGGACGAUGAGUCUUUAGAAAAGGAAAAGGAAAGAUUACGCGAAAUGAUACGUGCAAUGAACUCAAAGGCAUUGGCAGACAAGUAUCCAGUUCUGCUAAAACCGCCGACCAAUAGUAGUAGCUCGACGAAAAGCGAUUCACCUAUGGUGCAACGAAAGAAUGGUUUCAUUUCAUCUAUUCCAAUCAGUACGAAAAGCCCUAAGCCAUUGCGAAAAACAAGCCCGACAAUGACUCGAAAAGAUCCAACCCCUUCCGAGGAGCACCCACCAGUUGUAGCUGAACCGUACAGAUUGGGUGCAGUAAGAAAGACAUUCAUUAAAAAAUCUGCUGAAUUGAAAAUGAGUAAUAAAUUGAAUGAACGCAAGAUAAUUAAUCGGGAAAAGAACUCAACUGAUCAAGUUUCUGCAAUUCCUGCGACAGUAACCGAGUUAAAUCAAACAAAACUGACCGGAAGCAACGAUGAGCAGGUCGUUCGCUAUGAAGCUAUGAACGAGCAGCAAUUUGAAGCUAAACACACUACUGACAGAGAUGGAACUGAUAAACAAUACGAUAAAAUACGUCAAAUCUCCAAUCAACUGCGUUCCGUUCAAGGGGUUGAGAACUUUAGAAAUACCCUGAAAACUACUGGUUCAGCGCUCGAUAAAACUAAUACCAUAACAAUCAGUAAGUUACUGAGGAGUUUAGAACUUGCCAUCGGAGAAGGAGCUCACGACCGAGCCGCGGAAUUAGCAAUGGAUCUGGCAAAGAUGAAAGUGUCCUUGUCAGUAACGCGCCAAAGUCCAACGAGGUCUCCUGCUGAUUCAGCAAGCGAUUCAACGGAAAUAAGCCUCCAUAUUUUCAUUAUUGACAAAACCACUCGCAAAGGACCGUUGCAAGUCAAUGUUGCACCAUCUAGUACGUUGACUCAAUUGAAAGAGCAAAUUAAGCAGGACUUCGGAAUUGCUGAUACCAUUCAAAGGUGGAUAUUCGAUGAUCGGCAGCUGUCUGUCGAGCAAAAAUCUUUAUCAGAGUACGGCAUCGGUGAUGGUAGUAUUUUAUAUCUUUACAUUGUGUCCAAGGAAGCAAAGAUAAAUAUUCUACCGGACACUGCAAUUUCUAUCAAUAAAGUGCAAGUCGUACAAAAAAAUACGCCAACGGUAAUGACUGUAAGACCGCUGUUGAAACAGACAGAAACGGAAAUUGUAGCUGCAUCUGACAUGCAGGAUGACCUGCAACUAGAUGACGGAUCCAAUCUAGGGGCUAUGGCGUUGCCAACCAUAUCGGAAGAUUCAACACGACCUUCGACCGACACCAAAAGGGGAUGGGAAUGUCCUCUAUGUACGCUAGUCAAUCCGCCGGAUCGUCCAGGAUGUAGUGUGUGCUCCGAAGCUAGACCGUUAUCCUAUGUAGUAGCAACUUAUACACCAGAAGAAUUGAAACGAUUUUCCUCACAGAAUUGUCCAAAAUCGAUGAGUGUUCAAAUGAGAAAUCCUCAGAAAGAGUUGCGAAAUGAUCUUAAUCGCGUUUCAAGUAAUCGGAAGUCGUCCGAUAUUUUCAAUAUACUUCUAGAUGAAACCAAAGCUCUCGAAUCACAAAAUAAAUCUAGUCCAAGCCAAACGAAGCCAAGUACCGCAGAUCUGUUAACAACACGACAUAUGCAAAUUCCCGAACAAAAGAAUAUAAUUAUGACAGCUUUUACCAGUCCCAACAUUACACGAAACAAGUAUCGUGGAGUAGACAACUUUAACCCGAACUCAUACAAUAUUGGAUCAUCUGCGGUGGUACAGAAGUUAGACAGUCCUAUCAUUUCUACCGCUAGCCCUAUAGUGAGAGCAGUUUUGCUCAAAAAUGAUAAAACAGUGAAAUUCGGAAGAAAUGGUUUGGUUAUACCUGAGAACGAUAAUAACUUCACAAAUCAUUAUAUGGAACUUGUAAAUCUGGAUUCGGCUGAUUUGAUAGCAAAUGUAGAACCUUUUGAGUGUCCCAUCUGCUUCGACAGUUUUAAGGAGUUCGAGGGAAUUGUACUGCGUGAUUGUCUUCACUCAUUCUGUAAGCAAUGCUUAGCGAAUACAAUAAACUACAGUGAGGAAGCGGAAAUUAGAUGCCCAUUCAUGAACACAGCUUACAGUUGUGAAAGUGUUAUACAGCAAAGAGAAAUAAAGGCACUGGUUUCGAAGGAUAUGUACGAAGCACAUCUAGCUAGAUCAAUUCGUCAAGCGGAGAGCGUGUUGGAAAAUACCUUCCACUGUAAGACGCCUAAUUGUCGAGGAUGGUGCAUAUACGAGGAUAAUGUGAACCAGUUCAAAUGCCCGGUUUGCACAAUUGUGAAUUGCCUGACGUGCAGGGCAAUUCAUGACGGGCUUGACUGUAAGCAAUAUCAAGAUCGAAUGAAUAGCGACUGUGAUACAAGCAUCGAUUCAAAGCAGACGAAGGCUAUGCUACAGGAAAUGGUUGACAAGGGUAACGCCUUAAUGUGUCCCACUUGCCAGGUUGUAAUGAUGAAAAAAUGGGGAUGUGAUUGGUUGAAAUGCAGCAUGUGUAAAACAGAAAUAUGUUGGGUAACACGCGGGCCACGCUGGGGUCCAGGUGGUAAAGGUGAUACUAGCGGUGGAUGCCGCUGUGGAGUUGACGGCAAGAAGUGCCAUCCGGAAUGCAACUACUGCCAUUAAAAUAGUAUAGAUAGGAUUGGUCCAGUUUCCGAAAAAU